AUGUUCCGGAAUUGGCCAACCGAACACAAAGGAUAUCAAGAAUCGGUCAACAGACUGAAACCCCAUUUCGGCCAACUGUGGAAGGAUGUUGGGAUUUACGACAUGAUCAACCUUUGUAAGGCAAGCAUGCCGAUAGCGAAGCAUUACAUCAUGGGUGCCUCUCUUUUCUGGUCAACUGCAGUCCACUGCUUCUGCUUCAAAUUCGGCAUGAUGACGGUCACUUUAUUGGAUAUGCCAGCCAUUCUCAACAUCCCAGUCAUUGGCGAACGUAUAUCGCCCAAUCUAGACGCCGAAGUACCCACUUUCAAACUGUCAAAGGCUCAAAGAAGCUAUGGUCCCUUCGUCAAACUGUUCAUGGGCGAAGAACAUUACAAGCCCGAUGUUAGAGAACACAUCGCCUUUCUCGCCUUCUUCAUAGCCAAGUUCAUCAUCUGUACAUCCUCCUUCAGAGUUACCACGGACUGCUUUACACUCGCCACUGCUCUUGCUGAAGGGCGAAAAUGUAAUCUUGGGGAAUUCAUGCUCGCCCACUUAUACCGAAGUCUCAACAAAAUCGCCCCUCAUGGUGACAACAGAGUCUUUCAGUGUCCAAGUGGACCUCUAUGGGUGUUGCAGUUAUGGCUCGCCUUAUAUUUUCCUGAGUUAUUCGAGGUCGGCCCUCAGAUCAAGGCCGAACUUUGCGGCUAUCAAUUAAUCGCCGCUGGUACUCGCCUUCCUCACGUACUGGAUGUGCUGGAGGUUUUUACCAAUUCCAUCAGAGCUUCAGAAUUAUUCUGUCCGAUCUUAUCCCUAAAAUAUCUUCCUUCGUGGCUUUUCGUCGCCUGGGAUUGCGAAGAUACAGAUGAAGCUAGAGCCGAUCCAUGGUUAAAACUUGGGGGCCAAUAUUGGGGUAGUUCUCUGAAGUCCCGUAAUUUAAUCUCCGGCUUGGAAUACAGUCGCAGCAGUAUUGAAGCGUACUGUCCUAACUAUGUAGCCCAUCAGUUCGGCUAUAAUCAAGGAAUCCCCUGUCCUUUAUUGAUCUCCAUCAAUAAUCGCGGGACCUAUGAACCUUCAAUCGAAGACUACCCAGACCUUCAAUUCAUACUUCGCCUGAACAGGGCUUAUCUUCCCCCCCAUCUCUGA